CUCCGCCUGGAGAACCAGAGCAGCGGGAGGAACAGCACCCCGGACCCCCUGAAACGGAACGAGGACAUGGCCAAGGUGGAGGUGACGGUCCUCUGCCUCAUCCUCUUCCUCGCCCUGACCGGCAACCUGUGCGUGCUGCUGGCCAUCCACACCACCCGGCAGAAGCACUCCCGCAUGUACUUCUUCAUGAAGCACUUGAGCAUCGCUGACCUGGUCGUGGCCAUCUUCCAGGUGCUGCCCCAGCUCAUCUGGGACAUCACCUUCAGGUUUUACGGGCCGGCUUUCCUUUGCCGGCUGAUCAAGUACCUGCAGGUCGUGGGGAUGUUCGCUUCCACCUACAUGCUCUUGCUGAUGUCCCUGGACCGGUGCUUGGCCAUCUGUCAGCCACUGCGGUCUCUGCACAGGAGAGCGGACCGGGUCUCUGUCCUCCUCACCUGGCUGCUGUGCCUGCUCGUCAGCAUCCCUCAGAUCCACAUAUUUUCCCUGAGGGAUGUGGGGAAUGGGGUUUACGACUGUUGGGCUGAUUUCAUCCAGCCCUGGGGACCUAAAGCCUAUGUCACCUGGAUAACCCUCAUGGUCUACAUCAUCCCCGUGUUGAUGCUGAGCAUCUGCUAUGGCUUAAUCAGCUUCAAAAUCUGGCAGAAUGUGAAGCUGAAGACGGCUCACGGGCCCAACGUGGGUCUGAGCUCCAGCUCCUGCAGCGGGAUUGCGUUUGCCAGGGUCAGCAGCACCAGGCUCAUCUCCAAAGCCAAGAUCCGGACAGUCAAAAUGACUUUCAUCAUCGUGUUAGCUUUCAUAGUGUGCUGGACUCCCUUUUUCUUUGUGCAGAUGUGGUCUGUGUGGGACACAAACGCUCCGCAGGAAG